CUCAUCGCACAGUCUUUCUACUACUACUAAGUACUAACAUUAGCCUUCUUGGAGAUCCGCAAGGUCUCUCGGAAAUGUAAAUCUCCACGUGUCCAUCAAUGUAAAGUCCAUACUCUACGCAACCGUUCACGUGGCACGCGUACGACAAAUAAAUAAGCACCAUCAUCCAACCGGCCCGUUUCCGAUCUCGUCUCUCUGCCCCAUCACCAUCAAAAAAAUGAACAACUCUUGUGCUAUACUAAUCUCACUCUCUUUUAACGAGACCUUUUAAUUUCACUCUCUUUAUUCCAAAAGCCAAAAGAAAACGAAUCGGUAAGAUGCUUCGCUCACCACCUCCACUUCUUCACUGCGAUUCUUCCAUUUCUGCUGCUCAAAUAAAACCUCUCAAUGCAUCACCAUUUCCAUUUAACAACGAUACUAGUACUAACAUGGGUUUGUUGUAGAUUGAAGUUUACUAAACAGAGCUCCAGUAGCAGUAUCUUUCGAACUUUCAACCAGACACGACGUCGUAUUAGACAUACCAGACCUGGCCUUGUUUAUGCUCGUGGCAGUGCUCAAGAGCGUGUGCUUCAAGAAGAGGAAGUGGCUCAGAUAACAGAAACGACGCCGUCUUUUAAGCUAUUUCCAGGCCAGGCAUUCCCGUUGGGAGUGUCUUUAGUUGAUAAUGGAAUCAACUUUGCUAUAUUUUCACAGCAUGCUACUUCUGUCACUCUUUGCCUAUCACUUCCGCAGAGGGGAGGGAGAGCUAGUUUGGAUGGUGAAUUGAUUGAGAUGGAUUUGGAUCCUCGCACGAACAAGACAGGAGACAUUUGGCAUGUUUGUGUUGAGGAUUUGCCUCGCAGCAAUGUGCUUUACGGUUAUCGGAUGGAUGGUCCAAAAACUUGGGAUCAAGGGCAUCGAUUUGACAAGAAUAUUGUGCUGUUAGAUCCUUAUGCCAAGCUAGUUGAAGGUCGCCGACAUUUUGGAGAUGCUAGCCAUAAGAUGUGUAAAUUUCUCGGAACAUAUGAUUUUGAUAGUUUACAUUUUGACUGGGGAGAUAAUUACAAGCUUCCAAACAUAUCAGAGAAUGAUCUUGUUAUAUAUGAAAUGAAUGUCCGUGCAUUUACAGCUGAUAAUUCAAGCGGUUUGGAGCCGAAAAUACGUGGGAGUUAUCUUGGCGUAAUUGAGCAGAUCCCACACCUUCUAGAGCUUGGUGUUAAUGCAGUGGAGUUGUUGCCUGUGUUUGAAUUUGAUGAAUUUGAGUUUCAGAGGCGCCCAAACCCUAGAGAUCAUAUGAUAAAUACAUGGGGGUACUCGACCAUAAAUUUCUUUGCUCCUAUGAGUCGUUAUGCUAGCGAUGGUGGAGGACCAUGUAAUGCAUCUCGAGAGUUUAAGGAAAUGGUUAAAGCCUUACAUGGUGCUGGCAUUGAGGUUAUUCUGGAUGUUGUCUACAAUCAUACCAAUGAGGCUGGAGACAAAUACUCGUAUACCACUUCCUUCCGUGGGAUAGACAAUAAGGUAUAUUACUUGUUGGACCUAAACAACAAUGACCACUUUCUGAAUUUUUCUGGAUGUGGAAACACAUUGAACUGUAACCAUCCUGUGGUGAUGGAACUCAUUCUGGAAAGCCUAAGACACUGGGUCAAAGAAUAUCAUGUGGAUGGAUUUCGAUUUGACCUUGCAAGUGUACUUUGUCGAGGAACUGACGGCUCUCCUCUUGAUACUCCUCCAAUUAUUAGGGCAAUUGUCAAAGACGCUAUUCUAUCAAGAUGUAAAAUUAUUGCGGAGCCUUGGGAUUGUGGAGGCCUUUAUCUGGUUGGAAAAUUUCCUAACUGGGAUAGGUGGGCUGAAUGGAAUGGAAAGUACCGUGAUGACAUUAGAAGAUAUAUCAAGGGUGAUUCUGGUAUGAAAGGGAGUUUUGCAACUCGUGUUGCUGGAUCUGCUGACCUUUACAGUGUGAAUAAGCGCAAGCCUUACCAUAGCAUUAAUUUUGUAAUAGCACAUGAUGGAUUCACAUUACGUGAUCUUGUUUCAUACAAUUUUAAGCAUAAUGAGGCUAAUGGAGAGGGUGGAAAUGAUGGAUGCAAUGACAAUUUUAGCUGGAAUUGUGGCUUUGAAGGAGAGACUGAUGAUCCUAAUGUAAAAGCUUUACGUUCCCGCCAAAUGAAAAAUCUCCAUUUGGCACUAAUGAUAUCUCAGGGGACACCAAUGAUGCUAAUGGGGGAUGAGUAUGGGCAUACUCGGUACGGAAAUAACAACAGCUAUGGACAUGACACUUCCAUUAACAAUUUCCAGUGGGGACUUUUGGACGCACAAAGGAGCGGUCACUUCAGGUUUUUCUCUGAGGUCAUAAACUUUCGGAAAAUGCAUCAAUUAUUUCGCCAUGACAAUUUUCUCAACAAAAAUGAUGUCACGUGGCAUGAGGAUAAUUGGGACAAUAGUGAAAGCAAAUUUCUUGCAUUCACGCUUCAUGAGAGCAAUGGAGCAGAUAUCUAUUUGGCAUUUAAUGCUCACAACUACUUUGUUAAAGCUGCAAUACCCCCAGCACCAUCAAAGAGGAGUUGGUUUCGUGUGGCGGACACCAAUCUCGAGUCACCAAACGACUUCGUCCCUGAAGGUGUCCCGGGCAUUGGGAGUGUCUAUAACGUAGCUCCGUAUUCUUCAAUUCUUCUAGAAGCUAAACUGGCAUGACGGCAAGCUGUUGACAAAUGAAUAUCUUGAAGAACUUACUCUUAGCAUCCGAUUAUUGAGUUGGCAGAAAGAUCUUGCUUUCAUGCUUCUAGAACAUUGGCUUCAUAUCUGAAGUGACCCAUACUCCACUCUUAGCGACUGGAUCCAAUCAAGAUAGUAAGUAUCACCAUUGACACCUUUUGGUGUAUACUUGCUUUGCUGUUACACCAAUCUACCAAUGACUUCAAAUCAUGCCACGGUUAUAAAUUGUAGAUGCCGUAUCACAAUCUGUACAUAUACUGUGCAAGGCGGGAAUUGCAAGUAUAUAAUAACAAUGUCAAUAUUGUGGUAAAUAUUACAAACUUAAUAAUUAAAAUGAUGCUGUGAUUUUUACUUCGUACUUGUAUGUCACUUUGACCUACACAUACCUGGCAGCUCAGCCAGAAAUCACUACGGUCAUUCCUCGUUCUCUGCCCAAGCAAGCCAUCUUGGUAUUUGUACGUUGGAGAAUAAAAUUUAUUUAUAAAUGCAUAUACUUUUGUUUGUUAA